AUGGACAGCACUGGCACCACCUGCGUCCUCGUGUCCUUCCCCUUCGUGUUCAGCCCCUGCCUGGCCUGCAGGGAGGGCACUCCACAGUGGGCAGCCUUCAUCUACUACCUCCCCUUCAUCGUCAUCUUCCAGUUUGGCUGGGCAGCCACGCAGGUGUCCCACCUGGCCCUCAUCCCCGAGCUGGUGAGCAGUGACCAUGAGAAGGUGGAGCUCACGGCUUUCAGGUAUGCCUUCACCGUCAUGGCCAACAUCACUGUGUACGGCCUGACCUGGCUCCUGCUCAACUUCCAGACAGACCAGGGGCUGCCUGCCUGGGCACUGGGGAUGUGGAGGGUGGAGAGAGGGGCUGUACUGGGCACCCAACCUGUCAGAGGGGCUGUGCCCUUCUGGGUGGCAGUGCUCUACAUGUCCACCCGCCUCAUCGUCAACCUGUCCCAGACCUACAUCGCCAUGUACUUGACCAACUCACUGAUGCUCUCCAAGAAAUACAUCGCCACCAUCCCCCUGGUCAUGUAUGUCAGCGGGUUCCUCUCCUCCUUCCUCAUGAAGCCUGUGAACAAGUGGAUCGGUCGGAAUCUGACCUACUUCGUGGGCAUCCUGGUGGUCCUGGCCUUCGCCUCCUGGGUGGCCCUGGCCACGCCGAUGGGAGCUGAGGUCUACGGAGCGGCCGUGCUGCUGGGGGCUGGCUCUGCCACCAUCCUGGUCACCUCCCUGUCCAUGACAGCGGAUCUCAUCGGCACCAACACGCACAGCAGCGCAUUUGUCUAUGGUGCCAUGAGCUUCACGGACAAGAUGGCCAAUGGCCUGGCUGUGAUGUUGAUCCAGAACCUGCACCCCUGCCCCCCAGGUGCUGUCGGGCUGCAGGGGCUGAGCGGAGCUGGGACCCCCGACACUGGGACUGAGAGCGCAGAGGGAGGGGGCCAGAACGGCACCGUCAACUGAGCCAUGGGGCCAUGUCCUUGGCCACCGUGUCCUCAGGGCCAUGUCCCCGGCCAGCACAUCCUUAGGGCCAUGUCCUUGGCCACCACAUCCUCGGCCACCACGGUGCCACACUCUGAGUCUGGAAGGUCCCCCACGCUGGGGGACACCAGGCUCUGGGGAGGGGAGUGACUGAGCCCCGCCCUGUCUCCUUGCACUGGACUCAUGUCCCCACAGCCUGUCCCCCUGGGGCCGAUGAAGGAUGUCCCUGGUAAGGGUGUCACUGGUGCAGGACAUCACCUGCCACCUGCACACCGAACACUGG